GAUGAACUGAUGACGAUGAAUUUAUUUUAUAUAAUAUUUUUUAAAGGUUUAAUUCUGGGCUAGAAAACUGUAGACAAUAUGUGUGUAUGUAAUAUUUAUUAAAAAUACCUCUACUUUCAAGACACAUCAUAGCAGGAAUAUAACUUCAAGCAAAGAUUGUAUUAACAUGAAUUAUCAUUUGUUACAGGUACUACAAGCUACCGGAUCACAACCAAGAAGAAAGCAUAUGCUCAGAUACCAGGGCUCAGUUCAACAAACAUGGGACCACCUGCGUAUAACUUGCCCAUGAAUCCUGCUACAGUGAAUUUUCCAUUACACACACAAACAGAUCUUGUUAAUCAACAAUCGCAAAUAGAUAUCGGUGGCGUUAGCAAAAGAAUUGAUAUUAUGACUAAUUUGGUUCCGGAACAAUCUAAUUUAGACGUUAAACCACCUACUUACACACAAGAUUAUAAUUUAUUUAAUCCACCAGAUGUACCUGAUAAUACUCAUAUAGUUAGUGCAAAAGACACUGUAAAAAAUUUUACCAUAUACAAUCCAACAAUUGAAGCAGAACCUAAAGUUGUGGAUGAAACAAAUAUAUAUGAAGAGAAACAAUCUAAUUUAUUUACAACAGUUGAACAAAUUCAAGGGCAACAAAGUCAUGGUGCGACUAAUAUUCCAAUAAUCCCUCCACCACCUAUGUUUUCUAAUGUACCGAUGAAAGAUAGUCAGACUAAUGCAAAAUCGGUACUGCCACCUUCAGUCGCUAGACGCAUAGGUUCGCACCAUCCAAUAAUAAAGCCUCAAAUGUUACCGACAAAUUUGCAAUCAAAAGACAUAUUCAUUCCCAAUGCUGUAUCAGAUCAAGUGCCGAAAACAAUUAUUUCGGAUACAACUAACACAUCAUUUUAUAGGGAGACUGCUUUGCAACCAAUCAAUGAUAGUAUUCCGCCUGCUUCUACUGGUUCAGCUUUCGCUCAAUUUAAUACUCCUUCAGCAAUAACAGAAAGCAUUUCACAAGAUAAGCCAGAAAUAAUGUCUACUAAUCAUUCUUCUCUUGCGACUGUUGCUCCUUCGUCAGCUACACUGUCAAUGUUUAAACCAGAAACUCCAUUAGAAUGUAAUUUGGAAAAUCAAACAGCAACGAAUCCCGUAUUUCCGUCAAGUAUACCGCAUUCAGAAGCAACAGCACCACCGCCAAUGUUUUUCACUCCAGAUAAAUUGACAAUACCACCAUUUGAUUCAACUUCGGUCUCUCUUCCAUCCGAUAAGAUUAAUCAAUCAAAUGUGGCAUUAAUGCCAUUGCCCACAGCAUUUUUCAAUCCAAGCGCUACCACACAAAGCUCAAUAGAUAGCAAAAUCAUGUCUCAAUUCAAUAAACCAAGCCAUAGUUACGAUCAAAAUACUACAGUAGCGGCGAAAUCUAUUCCCGAGCCGCCUAAACUAUCUGGCAAUCUUAACUAUAGAAUGCAAAAAAAGAGACCACAAUAUUAUUCCGGUCCUAUUGAGGGUGUUGGAUCUAUCAGUAACAAUGUUAAACCUACUAUACCAACGUUAGAGUCAAGUGCAUUUAAAGGUUCGUUAUUUACGCCUGACACGAAGGAAAAUACAGAACAACAACCGAUUUUAAAUGUAAACCCAGCAAUAAUUUCUCAACAGUCGAUUACUCCGCCCUCAUUCUCUCAAUUCGACGUUAGUACACCUCAGAUGUCGUCUUAUAUUGGAACAGAUCAUAAUACUGCUUUUGAUAUGAGCAGACAAACUACAGAUAAUUAUGAAAUUCCUAAGCAAGAAUCAAAGGGCUUUGGAAUUAUCGGUUCUUUGAAAUCUAAACUAAGUUCUUUAGAUAUUAAUAAGAUACAAAAUACUGUAACAACAUUCUUUGAUCCUGCAUAUAAUGACAUCAAAAAAGAAGAAACAAAUACGCGAGGGUUUUCAACAUACGAUAGUAAUUUGGAAGUUUUUGUACCAAAUGAAGAACAGAUUAACCCAACCUACAAUGAAAGUUACGGACAGUAUAAUUACCAACAUCCUUAUAAUUAUGGAGGACAAGGAAACCAAUACUAUCAAAAUCAGUCUUAUGACUAUGGGAAUCAAGUCCAAACUUACACAACUCCUGAUUUAUUUACUGCAUACAAUCAAAAUACUUUUGCAUCGCAUACUUACGGAUCACCUUUAAAUUUGUGUGAUCCGGCACAUUCGGUAGAUAUACACGCUUCAGCAGGAGAAUUUUCUAGCAAUAAAAUUACUCCCAUGAAUAUUCAUAAAUUUGAAGUAGAAACAAACAUUCCAACAGUACCACAAACAUUAGACAAAACUGUGUCGAGAAUAUCUACUCAAAAAGUUACAAGUUCAGCUGAUAAACGCAUCGAAGCAAAUUUAACAUCUGUAGACAAACCAAUGUCUAAACCUGCCAUUGGAGAUGAAAUAAAAACAGAUAUGACAUCAUUCUUUGGUUAUGGAAGCAGUGAUCACACCCACAAGAAUGAAUCGAAUAUAUUUGAUUUAGUUUCAACUGAACCUAAAGAUACCGGCGCAUUUGUCGUCAGCCAACAAUUAUUCAAUUUAUCACAACCAAUACAAACCGACGAUUUAAACAAGAAAUUGGAAAAUCUUCAAUUAGCACGAGAAAAAGAGGCAGCAGUUUCUCUGGAGCAUAGUAAAGAUAAUGUUAGAACCGAAAUAUUGUCAAAUAUAUCAAAUAUUUCAACGGGAACAGAUUUUAAAUCUAAUUCGCAACCGGUUAGCUUUUUUACCAAUUUUCCUACUCAGGAUUCUGAAGAUGCAGGGUAUUUGCACAGUAACCUUAGUUUAUUUGAAUCUAAUCAAAGCGAUGCUGAUAGCAGUGGUUUUGGCAGCUCCUAUUUCCAAAGUGGAAACGAUUAUAAAGAAACAUUGAAAAAAGAACAAGAAGAUAGUAUUGAUGUCCCUCGUAUUGAUUCUACAGCCAUGCCGUUAUUUGGUUUGCCCAAUGUAUUUACUGAAAGUCCGAUUUCUAAUAUUGGAAGUGAAGUUAAGAGUGUUUCUCUUUAUGGAGCUGUCAAAGAAAGUCAAUCUGAUAUUAAUAUCGGUGAAAGUUUAACCGACGAUACUGCUAAUCAAAACAAACCAUUGGCAAAUGACAGCGAGGCUAUCUCAGAUUUUAAUAUAUGUGAAACCUGUAGGGAAGUAAACGUAACUGAUGAUAAAGAUAAAGAUGAUUUAACUACACAGUUGAUUGAGAAUGUCACUGCUCCUAUUCAGCUUCUUAAUCCAGUUAUAGUCCCGCUCACUGAGAGCAGUACAAAUAAUGAUGACGCAGAUUUUGAACCGAACCAAUGUGCUGAAAUUUCUCAUAUCACUGAAGAGACAAUCGAAACUAUUCAAGUUCAGACAGCCACUGAACUUCUAGAUGAUGAAGACGAAGUAAGAAAUUUAAAUACUGUUAGUUACGGUUGGAACACAACAAAUAGUGACACUUCGUUUCAUCCUACUGAAGCUCUUUUAGAUCACGAUUUUAACUUCAAAAUAGACCCAAACGCUAUUGGUUUCUUUAGUAAUAAUUCCCUUUUCUUUGAAGAUAUGCCUAAUAAUGCAAGUGAUGAAAUAAAAGCUGAAUUCAAAAACACACACGAAGAAAGCCCUGUAUUCGUACCGAAUAUACCAACGGCACCGCCUGCUGAAGAUGAUGAUACAAAAUCUGAUGAGACCGGAGGAAUAGAUGUACACUCAAUCGAACAAGACGCUAAAAUGGACUUUCCUAUAUACGAAGAAUUCGUUAUUGAACCAUCUGAAACUGAUGAUGAUAAAAUCGAGUAUAGAGAAAGAGAAAGGAGUUCGGAAGACCCCAUUCAGGACGUAGACACCUUCACUAACAGAGUAGAGAGAUUCAAGAAGAUGGAGGAGACUGUGGAUAAAGCUGACAAUGUUUGUAACGUGCAGAAAAACACACUUUUUGAUAUGAACGUGGCUACAAGCCCAGCUAUAACCAUCGCAUCUUAUUUUGAUACGGGAAAUUAUGCCGCAGAGACACACUAUCGUAAUUCGAUUUCAUCUCCAUCUUCUAUUUUCAACGUUGGUUCUCCUAAUGCUCCGAUGCGUAUUCCGCCUGGGUUUGAAGAAGAAUAUAAAAGAAGGAUGAGCGUUUUAUCUUCCCGUAGUCAAGAUAAAAAGAGUGACAAAGAUGAAAAUAUUCUUUAUAUUCCUGAAACUUCUACCCAAACUAAACCUGUUAUCACCACUACAUACAGUAUGAUAUCAAAUAAGCAACUAGAUAUAACAGUGACAUCCACAAUACAGUUAGUUACAAGAACCCAGGAGAUACCACACCAUGAUAUGGUGAAUCUAAAUCCAACUAUUCCAGAAAUCACGACCUUAAAAGAUGAUAUAUUAGAAAACACCAAACCGUUGGUUUUCUCCAGUGUUUCUGAACCAAAACCAGAGUCUGCAGAUAAUUUGGCCUCACAAUUGUUCACUAAAAUUGAAAAACAACCAAAAAUGUUGUCUGAACCUAAGCUUCAGGAUAAUAAGGAAUCAGAUAAAAUGAAAAACUUAGCAGAUCCUUUAACAUUCUUCUCAUCCAAAGACGAAACACCAAAUGUUGCUACCGACAAUAAUUUCAAUAGAUUAGCUAGUUACUUCACAUCUCCACCCAAAACAGACCACGGGAAAUCUUUUUUUGAGUUGAGCCAAAGUCAAAACCAUUACAGACAUGCUAAUUAUGACACCAGUACACACGACGACAAGCUUCAUGACAUUCCAAAUGACGGUUACUUAAAUAACCUUAUCCGAGAUUUGACAUCAAGUAGCAACUUGUCUGUCAAUGCUGCGGACCAAAUAGUUAGGACAGUUAAUUAUUUCACAAUAGAAUAUGAUAACGAUAAAGAAGUUAAAUCAGGUUUAAAUAUAAGUGAACCUGAUUUAAAGAAAUUAGAUAAAGACAAUGUAGUUAAUGGUAAACGCGACUCAGAAUAUGAGGAAAGCAAUAUGAGUGACGAUAAAAAAAUUAUGACGGUUGUGAGCAAAUGUAAAUUGUGUUGUAACAAUGAUUAUUUUAAAAAAGUUUUCACUUUAAAUAAGGUAGCGCUCGACACGGAUUUUAAAGUUAGAACGUUUAUGGAUAAUACUGAUGGUAGUAAGGAUAGCGGGAUGGAUAAAAAAGCGGAUAUGGAUAAUAGUAAGGAUGACAGAGGGAGGGAAGUGGCUGUCACGUUUGAUUCACACGAGGAGAGCGCAGGGGUGUCCACCGCGACUGAGAGUCGCACCACAUCCGAGUAUAUCCCGGUGAAGCAUCACUGGUUCUACAGGGUCGAUGUCGAGGGUAAAUCGAUAUGGCGCGGAUUCUCGGCCACCGACAGCGGUGCAUUGGAGGAUGCUUUCGUGAGCCCCGAUCUAGACGAGCGCACUGUGGUGGCGACGGACGGCGGCAGGUUCGAUGUCAACAUCGUCGGUAGAUUGAGGACCGCCGUCUACUGGGCGGAGAAGCCGACGAACGUCAGGAGAUGCAGUUGGUUUUACAAGGGCACUACUGACGCAAGAUACGUUCCGUACACUGAAGCGAUCGCAGAGAAAUUGGAGGAGGAAUACCGCCGCGGUAUAACGAGUGGCCAGUGGCACCGGCGCCUGGUGCUGCCCAGCAACUCGCUGGUGGUGAUGCACGGCCCCGCCGUGAUGGUGCACCUCGCGCACCAGGACCCGCCCGCGCCGGUCAGUCUCUCAUGUGUUACCCCCUCGUCGUGUGUCUAGAUAGAAAACAACUCAUAA